AUGGACUCCAACUCGCCGACGCGGGUGGACAGCGACGAAGAUGAGUACGACGAUGAGCGACGCCGCAGCAGCGCCAUGUACCGCAGGCGUUCGUCCAACGUCAGUGCCGCCAGCUUCAUCCAGGAUGUAGAGAUGGCGGACGAUGAAAUCUUCUCUGGUCCUACGAGCGAGAGUGUUCCGACCGCCUAUGGCUCGUUCCUCCACCGUCGCUCUCGUGCUGGAUCUACUGCCAGCUUCGCCUACUACGAGGAAGAGCGUGACUUCGAUUCAGAGGAGGGAGUUCCUGAGGAGGCCAUCUACGACGAAGACGACUUGGAAAGACAAAGUCUGAAUGGCGAAAACACUUUCCUCGAGCCAGAAUUGGACGAUUCCACCCAAGACGGCGGCGAGAGUGCAUCGAUGGACUCCAGACCUCGCAAAUACAGUCGAAAGAGCUCGGGAUACUCUAGAAGUUCGAGGCACUCGGGUGAAUCUAGGAGAUCGCCCGACAGUCCUCUUCUGCGGCGGUACCAUUCAGGAGGCUCGCAGGACAGUGGCUUUGGUGGUGGGUCAAGGAUGAGCCAGAAAAUCUACAUCUUGACAGAGGAUAUGACCAUUGUGGUUGCUGGCUUCAAGACAUCCUUGAUCGGCUUCGCACUUUAUAUCUGCAUCGGUGUCUGCACGGGUGGACUUGGCUACCUCCUCUUCCGCUGGCUUCCCAAGUGGUACGUACGCAUGACUGGCAAAGCCACACCAUUGGGAGAAUGCGAUUGGGUCGUGAUUGAGAAUCAAUGGAGCGAGAUGGAGGUCAAGGAUCUGCGAAAGCAAGAGUUUGGCCAGGCGCUUUCGUCGGUAUUUGGCUACACGAAGGGUAAAUUGCAGGAUUACGACGAGUAUGAUGAUCCCAUCAUGGACGAGUUGCGAAUUCUGGACUACCGCUACAUACGUUUCUGCUACCACCCAAGCAAGGACAAGUUCGUGCUCGGCAAUACUUGGAAGGAUCCUGCAUGGACUGAUGUGACCGCCGUGCGUGCGGGUAUCGAUGGUGAAGAGCAAGAAGUGCGAGAGCGUAUCUUUGGCAAGAACUCAAUCGAUCUUGAGCAGAAGACCAUUGGUCAGCUCUUGGUUGACGAGGCCUUCCAUCCGUUCUACGUCUUUCAGAUCGCCUCGUUGAUCCUGUGGUCUCUGGAUGAGUACUAUUACUAUGCUGCCUGCAUCUUCGUCAUCUCUCUUGUGAGUAUCACCACUACCCUGAUCGAGACGAGACAGACGAUGAAGCGCCUGCGAGAGAUUGCACGUUUCGAGUGUGACAUUCGAGUGCAAAGAGGUGGCUUCUGGCGAUAUGUUGAUUCGAGCGAACUGGUGCCCGGAGACGUGUACGAAGUCACCGAUCCAAACCUUGAUACCUUGCCGUGUGAUAGUCUGCUACUUUCUGGGGAUUGCAUCGUCAACGAGAGCAUGCUCACUGGAGAGUCCGUUCCAGUUUCGAAGACUCCGGCUAACGACGAUACACUCGAGAUGCUUACUCCAGGUGCAUCGACAAUGCACGCGGACGUAGCAAAGCACAUGCUUUUCAGCGGAACCAAGAUCAUCCGUGCAAGAAGACCCCAAGACGAUAAAAGCGAUGAGGCCGCAGCGUUGGCACUUGUUGUCAGGACCGGCUUCAACACAACGAAAGGUGCUUUGGUUCGAUCCAUGCUGUUUCCAAAGCCAUCCGGCUUCAGCUUUUACCGCGACUCUUUUCGAUACAUCUCAGUCAUGGCUGGCAUCGCUGGUCUCGGCUUCAUCGCGUCCCUCGUCAACUUCAUACGUCUGGGUCUGGCGCCACAUCUUAUCAUCGUUCGUGCUUUGGAUCUCAUCACCAUCGUGGUACCACCUGCACUGCCUGCCACGCUGACAAUUGGCACGAACUUUGCAUUGCAGCGACUGAAGGGCAAGAACAUCUUCUGCAUCAGUCCUCAGCGAGUGAACGUCGCGGGCAAGAUCGAUGUCAUGGCCUUCGACAAGACUGGGACGUUGACGGAAGAUGGUCUGGAUGUGCUUGGUGUCAGGGUUGUAUCGCGGCCUGCCAACAGAUUCACUGACAUCUUGAGCGACUCUUCUACACUCCUGCCCGGCGCCGCCUACGAGCGUGACCCUACCAUGGACUACAAUGCGAACAAAGCCAUUCUGUACACCAUGGCAACAUGCCACUCGCUUCGGCUUGUGGAUGACAAGUUCAUUGGAGAUCCGCUUGAUUUGAAGAUGUUCGAGUUUACGGGUUGGCAGUACGAAGAAGGCUCCGAAAUGCCCGGCGGCGACGACGAGGAGGACAAUUCACUGACACCAUCUGUCGCCCGACCUCCACCCGGCAUGGAGUUCGACCUCGAUGAAGAGCAGGACUCGCCAAACAGCCGCAGAGCCAUCGAGCUUGGCGUGCUUAAGGAGUUUGAGUUCGUAUCACAGCUUCGCCGUGCCAGCGUCAUCGUGCGACAGUUUGGUGAGAAGAGCGGUGAUGUCUAUGUCAAGGGUGCACCAGAAGCUAUGAAGGCCAUAUGUCGGCCGGAAAGCUUUCCAGCCGAUUACGAUGACCUACUCGCAUACUACACCCACCGCGGCUACCGUGUCAUCGCUGUUGCGACAAAGCACAUCUUCAAACUGAACUGGCUGAAAGUGCAGAAAAUGAAGCGCGAGGAAGCAGAGUCAAACCUUGACUUUGUUGGCUUCAUCAUUUUCGAGAACAAGCUGAAGGAAGCCACGACGGAGAUCAUUGAGGAGCUGAACGAAGCCAAUAUCCGCACUGUCAUGUGUACUGGAGACAACAUCCUGACUGCGAUCAGUGUUGCUAGAGAGUGUGGCUUGAUUGACCGCUCAGCCCACUGCUUCGUACCGCACUUUGUUGAAGGAGAUGCGCAAACUGCACUGUCGAAGCUAAGCUGGACCAGUGUUGACAAUGCUGUUUACGAACUCGACGAGAACACUCUGAAGCCACUCCCGCCACCUGCCGAACACGACUCAUCUCUGCCAUACGACGUAUCGAACAUCCGCAACUACUCCGUAGCCGUCAGUGGCGAUGUGUUCCGCUGGAUCAUCGACUAUGCCUCACCGAAGGUGCUCCGCGAGAUGCUAGUGAUUGGCCAAGUCUUCGCACGCAUGUCGCCAGACGAGAAGCACGAGUUGAUUGAGAAGCUACAAAGCAUCGACUAUACUGCCGGCUUCUGUGGUGAUGGUGCCAACGACUGUGGUGCGCUCAAAGCAGCAGACGUCGGCAUUUCGCUUUCUGAGGCCGAAGCUUCUGUUGCUGCGCCGUUCACGAGCCGUGUCUUUGACAUCUCCUGUGUGCCAACAGUCAUUCGAGAGGGACGUGCUGCGCUAGUGACGAGUUUCAGCUGCUUCAAGUACAUGAGCUUGUAUUCGGCGAUUCAGUUCACGUCUGUCAGCUUCUUGUACGCCAAGGCCUCGAACUUGGGCGAUUUCCAGUUCUUGUUUAUCGACCUGGCGCUCAUCUUACCUAUAGCCAUCUUCAUGGGCUGGACCGGACCAUACCACAAACUUUCGGUGAAGCGACCUACUGCAAGUCUUGUCUCUCGCAAGGUCCUCACACCACUUCUAGGUCAGAUUGUCGUCUGUGUUUUAGCACAGUUCAUUGGCUGGUGGUUUGUACGACAACAACCAUGGUAUCUGCCACCCGUUGUGGACAAGAACCACUCGAACUCCAAGAACUCGGAGAACAGUACGCUCUUCUUGAUGUCGUGCUAUCAAUACAUCCUGUCCGCAAUCGUCCUCUCGGUCGGCAAACCCUUCCGCCAAUCGAUGCGCCACAACCUACCAUUCGUCGUGACGAUGCUCAUCGCGCUCGGCAUAUCGAGCUACAUGCUGUUUGACCCGGCACCAUGGCUUGAGAGACUGAUGGAGCUUACCUGGAUGUCGCCGGAGUUCAGGAUCUUUAUUCUGGUUCUGGGCGUUGGAUACUUUGCCAUGUCGUACCUGACAGAGCGACAGGUGUUCCCGCACUUGGCGAAAGCGAUCGGGAAGCUUGUGCAGAAAUUCAAUAGCACCCCGAAGAAGCGGAAGGAGUACAAGGUCAUAUCGGAGGAGAUGCGUAUAUAA